AUGAAUAAGAAUGUGGCACAAGACAAGAAUGAAGUAAGGGAGUUUAAUGAAGUUCUAGACAUUGAGGUUCUCUUGUCAGAAUCCUCUUUGUAUGAAGGCAUGGUUGGUCAACAUAAGAAGACCACCAAAGCUAUUCAGAGAGCUCACGAGAAUGAUGAAGCAAAUGUAGAUGAGCCAUUUUAUAUCCUUCAAGCCUUUAGUAUAGCCAAGAAGUUUAAAUAUAGAGUUAAAUUUAUGCUAUCGAGACAAGGAGGGAACCUGAAUUUGACAAAAAUGACAAGAAUUGGGUCAGAUUUUAUGUAA